AUGGUAGCACUAACUAGGAAGAAAGAAGUUCUUGACGUAUACCAUUUUAAAAACUGUCAUCAUCCCUAUUGUGUAAUAAUAUUCUUCAUCUUCUCCACUGGUGCAGAUGACGCAGUGUACGACUACAUCGUGGUGGGCGCGGGCACAGCGGGCAGCGUCGUGGCCAACCGGCUCACGGAGAACCCCGACGUGCAAGUGCUGGCCAUUGAAGCUGGGGGAGAACCCGCCUUUGAAACUGAAUACGCCGGUUUGUUCCCGCUCCUGACAAAAACAAACUACGAUUGGAACUACGUGUCAGAGGACGACGGCUACACCGCGCAGUACCACAGGAACGGCUACCUAGACCUGCCUUCCGGCAAAGUGUACGGAGGCAGCAGCACCUUACACCACUUCUAUUACGUGAGAGGACACGCCAACGACUACAAAGCAUGGGCCGACGCGGCAGGAGACGAGUCCUGGUCUUUCGAACAUCUUCUCCCAUAUUUUAAGAAGAGCGAACGCCUCGAAGACGAGGAGAUCCUUAACUCAGCCACCGGCAAAUACCACGGGACCAACGGCUCCAUCAUCAUAACGCGCGAGCUGCGGGACUCACCGCUCAAAUACCUCGAAGCUUUCAAGGAAGUUGGGCAUAAUGUCGUAGACGAUCUCAAUACCGGCGACACCUUAGGGUUCGCAAGACCCAUGUUUACCAUAGGAGACGGAAUACGGCAGAGCAGCGCUAUAGGCUACCUCUCGCCACUAAAGAACCGACCUAAUUUCCAUUUAGCAAAAGAAACGACAGUCGAUAAAAUUUUGAUCGAUGAAAAUAAAAAUGCUAUAGGUGUCCAGGCUUCUGCAAACGGUCAAACUUUCAACAUUUACGCCCGGAAAGAGGUGAUAGUAUCGGCGGGUACGUUCAACUCACCGAAACUUCUGAUGCUGUCUGGUAUCGGACCGAAAAGUCAUCUCGAAAGUUUGGGUAUCGAAGUAGUAGCCGACUUGCCUGUGGGGCAAAAUAUGGAGGAUCACGUUACCGCAUUCUUAGUGCAUAAACUUGGAGAAGCAAGUGAAACUCCCGCUCCCGAAAGCCCGUCUCUUUUCCCAAUACCGACGUUCGUUGGUGUAGAUGCUGUGGAUAAAACACAGAGCCAUCCUGAUUACGUGACUCUGAAUUUAAUAUGCAGAAACAAUCCCAGCAACUUGGCGCUACUCUGUUCUAGUGUUUUCGGACUACACGAUGACGUGUGUAACCAGCUCAUCACAGCCGGUACAGGUAACGAAAUUCUGGCAACAGUGUUCAACGUAGCUCGUCCGAAAUCGCGAGGGGAAGUCGUCUUGCGUAGCGCAGAUCCUAAAGAUACACCAAAAAUCUACACGGGCUACUUUUCCAACAGCGAAGACUUGGAGAACAAUGCGGCGUACAUUGAAGACUUCAUUAAAGUGACCAAUUCUAGUUUCUUCCGCGAAGUCGGCGGUGAGACGAUGUACUUCGAUCUGCCGAACUGCAGGGGCUUGGAGCUGAACACGCGCGAGUACUGGAAGUGCUACGUGCUCAACAUGAUGGACACGACCUUCCACUACAGCAGCACGUGUCGGAUGGGGUCGGUGUUGGACGCCAAACUGAAGGUUCUGGGGGUUAACAAGCUAAGAGUUGUGGAUGCUAGCGCAAUGCCGAACACGGUUAGUGCAAAUAUAAACGCCGCAGUACUAGUACUGGCAGAGAAAGCCGCAGAUAUGAUGAAGAAUGCAUAAGAUGUUCAUGACUCUUAGGCAACUUCAGAUAAGAUUGCUGUACUAAUAUCAUAGUUAAUACAUUUUCAGAAUCUUGUAUUUUAGUACUUUGUUCCAAACUGUUUCUAAAAAAAUGUCUUAUAUCAUAUUUUAUAAUGAAAUGUUUUUACAAGUUGUAUGUAUAUAUAAUGUACUUGUUAAUGGCGACAUCGCUCUCUCAUUGCUCUCUGUUAUUAAAAUUAAAGUU